CCGUUUUGCACCAAGAAGAAUGGCACGGCAACCCAAGUCGAGGAACCAAUUGAAUCAAAGCCUCGUGGGAAUCACGUUCAACACACCCAAGCCCGGUGUGGUCCUUUCCUAUGACCCUGGAACGUUCAAGUUCAUCGUACGCCUGUCUCUCGCCUUGAAAGAAUAUUGUGUCGUUUAUAUGUAGGUGCGGAUGCACAUGAGCUCGGACGUGGAGCUCGAGCUCACGCGGGACGAAGUGCUCAAGCUCGUCAACGACGACCGCGCCCCUCCACCUUCCAUUGUCGCGGCCAAGGAUCGCCACCAUCCGCUCGUGGGCACCAAGGUUGUGGUGCCGUUUGGUCCAGACGCCGACGACAUCACGGGCACCGUGUUAUACUUUCUGCCGGUCCCGUCAGACACGUUUUGCGUGCGGUUUCUCAACGGCGUGGUCCGGUACCUUGACGAAGACACGAUUCGUCGCGGCGGUGGCGGCAGUCUUGUUCCCACCGCCCCUCCGCCACCAUCUCCCUAUCCAGCGUCCAGCACACCCCUUCCUCCUCCUACGACUGCAACAAAACCUCCGAUCAUCGACUUGACGUUGACCGAUUCCGACGAUUCCGACGCAUCCACGCAACCGCGCCCACCACCACCACCUCUGUCAUCGAAUCCAACGCCCCACCUCUCCGCGCCGUCUUCUCCACAGCCGCCUUCUUCACCACCACCUCCACAGCCGCCGUCGUCACCACCACCUCCACCUCCUCGUCGUCGAAAGCCAUCGCUACAUCCUCCUCCCUCGCAUCGACGGAUCAUAGACAGCAGCGAAGAUGACGAAGAAGAUGCGAUGCCUGCCGGCGGGUUGCAUCCGCCCGAGUCGGCAUUUGCCGCCGCCGCCGAGUACGCCAUCACCCACCGCGCCAAGACCACCAUCGCCACAUCUCCCUCCUCUCCUUCUUCUUCCUCUGAAGACGACGAUGGCCAUCAUCGUCGGCGGCAUCGCGUCGUGUUUGACGGGUUCUCAUACGCGUCCUCGAGCGACGAGGAGCGGCAGGCCCGCCGCAAGCGCCGACGGGAUAAAGUCCUUUUAACCAGAACCCCCCGCAACAACCCCAAACCCCCCGCUCUGGACGACGACGACUUUCGCUGCUGCCAACUUCAACCUCAACUUCAACUUCAACCUCAACUUCAACUUCAACAAUCAUCUUCCGAAAAGAAGAAGAAGAAGCCACAUGAAGGAGACGGGAAUGAGGUUGGAGGAACGCGCACGCGGGAACAAGCCGAGUUUGUGCGCAACCGACAGCUACAUGUGGCGAAUCGAAAUCGGCGCGUCCGUGAGGAAAGGGCGGCGGCCGCGGCGGCUCUCCGCGUGCAAGAAGAGAAGCUCCAGGUCCAAAAGGCGCGGGAACGCCAAGUUCGCGACGCGGAAGACGCAGAACGACAGCGCCUGGCACAGCAACAUGUGGCCAACCGCCGCAAGCACGAAGGCGAGCGCGCCCGACGGGAUCGACUGAGGAGAGCCAAGGCAGAGGCGAACGCCAGUGCCGCCGCGGCGCCGCGGGGACGGAAGAGGCGGAUGAUGGCGGAGAAGAAGACGCCGGAGCUUGAAGAGGUGGAGGUGGACGGCACCGCCAUGCCGAGAUAUCUAUCGCGGGAUGCCACCGCCGUGCCCGUCGUCGAAGAGCGGGAGAUCCUGUGGUGUUAAACGUAUGUAGUUUUAGUAUUAAUAUAUCGUCGAUGCAACUAAUAGUUAGUACACGUUGUUUGCACCUUGCACAA